AUUAUACUAAUAUUAUGUUAAUAUUCAAUUUGAUAUCGAUUUAAGUUAAGCAACUACAGAAUAUAAAAAAUAAAAAUAAAUACUUUAUAAAUACAUUAUUUUAUCACUAAUUAGUGAUAAUAAGUGCAAUUUGAACAAAAUAUUUGCGGGAUUUAAUUUAAUUUCUCUCCUCCUUAAAAAUAUUUAUGUAUGAAUUUACAUGUAAUUAUCAUAAUUCUUUUGGGGGCUGCAAUAGAAUGAGGGGAGGUUAAGCUCCCUCUAGACAUACAGAUUGCGCCUGUGUCUCUGGUAUUGACGUAUGUUGCCUGAAGAAUGAUUAUCCAUUAUAAAUGUUAUACAUAAAUUUAAUAAAGUAUUGUCACAAAAAUAAUAACUUAUUAAAUUGAAUUAUUUUAUAAUUGUUAUCGGUUUUAAUAUGAAAAUUAAUUAGUAUAUGACAUAGUCUAAACAAUUAUUACCAUUGCCUAAUUUUUUUUAUUAAUAUAUGGCUCAUAUUAACUAUUUGCAGUCUAGUAAAUUCGACGUGUAAAUAAAUGGUGUACAUUAUUUCAUAGUUUAAAAGAAUUUAUGAUUAUGUAACAUAAAAACUAAUAUCUAUUUUUAAACAUUAUCGAUUUUCAUUGUACAAUUAUCUAAUACAUAUUGAUUAGAUUAUUUCCUUCCUAGUAUGUGCUUUUAAACAUCACUGUUCAUAGCAAGUAUACAGAACAUGUUAUUAUAUUAACUAAAUACACAGAUGAAUUGUUUAUUGUGUAUAUGUUCAUUUUAAAUUGUCCACUGUCCUCGGAGUUUUCUUGUGGACCUUUAAUGUCAAUAUACUCCAAAAAAAAAAAAUCACUAUUCGUUAAAUCGAACGAAUAGGGGCCUUUAAAUAUCCUCUUUUGAGAAAUUAUACGUUAUUGUAACUGAUUUUCUAGGAUAUUCAUGCUUACAGAAGCAAAAUGAAUUUUAGAACUUAAGAAUACACGAACAUUUUUUUAAUGUUUUUUUUAUAUAACAUCAAGUUAAAUAAAUAAAUAUUUGUUGUUCAAUUAAAUAUUUAAAAACGUUUUAUUGGCUCAACUGUGUGUAUAUAUAUGUGACCCACCUGUAUAGUGGGGAAAUAUGAGCGCUGAACAUUACAUGUAAAGCCAAGAAAAUAUUUAUUCAGUCAAUGAACCUAAAGUCUUCAUAAUAAUCGUUAAACGUGAUAAUACUUAUUAUUAUUAUUAAUACUUUUUCAAAAUGCCCAAAUAUAAGUUAACGUACUUCAACUUUACUGCUAGAGCAGAACCUAUCCGUUUUUUAUUGUCUUAUCUAAAUGAAGAUUUUGAGGAAAAUAGAUUUGAACGUGAACAAUGGCCCACAAUAAAACCAUCAAUGCCCUUUGGACAAGUUCCAGUAUUGGAAGUUGACGGUAAAUUGUUAAAUCAAUCUGUAGCGAUUUGUCGUUAUUUAGCUAAAAAAGCCAGUUUGGCUGGUGAAGACGAAUGGGAAUCAUUGUUAAUAGAUAUAGCAGUUGAUAACAUUUUUGAAAUUCGACAAGAUAUUAUGAAAAAUUUUCAUGAACCAGAUGGUGAAGUUAAAAUAAAAAAGAAAGAGCUUCUCGUAAAAGAAACUAUUCCAUUUUAUAUUGAAAGAUUUGAAAAAAUAGUAUCAGAAAAUGGUGGAUAUUUUGUCAACGGAAAGCUUUCCUGGGCUGACUUAUAUUUCGUAUCUAUUCUGGAUCACAUAAAAGUUGUUACAAAUGUUGAUAUGGUUGAUGGUUGUACAAAUUUAAGUAAACUCAAGCAAACGGUGUUGAAUAUACCUCAAAUACAAUCAUGGAUUGCCAAACGUCCCGGCCCUAUUUUUUAACUUAAAUAAUAUAAUAUAUAAAUAAAAAGAAAAUUUUACCUAUAUUUUGUUUAUUUAGUAUAAAAAUUAAUGAAAUUUGUUUUAUUUUGAAUAAAAUGUUGCUUUUCUGUUGAAGAAUCGAUUUAA